CUUUAUUGUCAUUCAUAGGGUGCCUUCUUUUCUAUGGGUACAGAUUUAAUAUCCGCGUCUGUAAAAGUCAACGUCCAAUGAGACAAGAGUAUAGAACGUUUAUCCAACACAAAAUAGAGUAUGGGGUUACAUCACUUUCCUUUUAUCGUAAAGUCCUUUUCAUGAAUGCAAUCUUAUUGACAUUAUUUCAAAGAUAGAAUUGUAGGAAAAUUUCUAGUUGACAUCAACUAUAAAUUGGGAUUGUGGAGAAAUAAUUGAUUUGCAUUUUGUUGACGGGGAAACAUUCUAGUUCAGAAUAUAUAAGAAUCCCAUCUUGUCUCUGUUUCUUUUUCUUUUAUCCCUCAAAUGAUCUUUACUACAGCGCUCAUACUCUCGCUUGGAUCCUUGACAUUGGCGUCAUAUACUCACAGACAAGUGGGUGCUCCCAACACCAUGGACUAUACUCUAUAUUUUGAGGAAAAUGGUCAAGUUAUUUCUCCAUUUCAUGAUAUUCCACUCUUUGCUAAUGAAGAGAAAACACUUUAUAACAUGAUUGUCGAAAUUCCAAAAUGGACAAACGCAAAGAAUGAAAUUAACAAAGAGACACCAUUUAAUCCUAUUAAACAAGAUACCAAAGAUGGGAAACCGAGAUUUGUGUCCAAUAUAUUUCCCUAUAAAGGAUACAUUUGGAAUUAUGGCGCAUUUCCUCAAACCUGGGAAGAUCCUAAUUAUAUCUCACCUUAUACAAACAAGAAAGGUGACAAUGAUCCAAUCGAUGUGAUCGAGGUCGGUCAAUCAGUGGCCACUGUUGGCGAAAUCAAACAAGUAAAAAUAUUGGGCAUCCUUGGAUUAAUAGAUCAAGACGAAACGGAUUGGAAGGUGGUGGUUAUUGACAACAAUGAUCCAUUAGCAAACAAUCUCACAGACAUUCAAGAUGUUGAGAAGCACAUGCCUGGUUAUUUAAAUGCAACGUGUCACAUUUUCAAGGUGUACAAGACACCAGGUGGUGAUCCACCAAAUACGAUUGCAUUUAAUGACGCGCCAAGAGACAAGGCUUUUGCUACAAGCAUUGUUUUAGAAACGCAUGAAUAUUGGCAGAGCCUAAUGAAUGGUACCACUUCCAGAGGGGAGAUUCAAACUAUUAACAGAAGAUGUAACGAGUCUAUAUACAUUGUUGAUCCCAAAAAUAAGACAAUUCCUAAAGUUCCAAAGGCAAAACCCAAGCCUCCUGCUCCAGUUGAUUCUUCAGACAAAGUUUGGUACUUUGUACAUUAAUUGUUGUUGUUUUCCAGCCUUUAUUAAUAAAAUGCAAAGCA